UUGACUGUUACCUGGAUUGUAUAUACCUGUUCACUCGUCGUUGUAUUUUUUUUUUACUUUUUAAGUUUUGUUAGUUUUAACUGAUGCGUUUUUUAUAAGUGAAUUUCAAGGCCUGGUAGACCAUUGUGAAAAUGGUGACCUCUAAGUACGCAGGUCAAGUCUUGCUUGCAGUGCUGUUGCUCUUCCUGUUGCUGUUCACUCGGCCAGGCGGCUGCGGCACUGUCAGGAGCCAUGAACAAGAGUGCUUUAACCCAGAGGAGUGUUGCAAGUACACAAUGUUCUCGUCAGAAUUCAACGCUUGUUGUGCUGAACACGGCUGCUGCCCCAUUGAUUGCAGAUCCCAUACUGCAGAUGCUGCGGACUCCCAAUUGACCCAGUGUGGUGCCUGGGCUUGCUGCCGCUUCCAAGAAAAUUCCCCGGAAUUUGAACAGUGCUGUUCGGAACAUGGCUGCUGCCCACUUUGCAGUAGGGUGCCUUCAGGUUGCGGCUUUAACAUGCUCAUGUAUAAGUGGGGCCAGUCAGUGAAGGUGUUCAAGGAGAUGUGCGCUGAGCUGGUGUGUGGAGCAAGACUGUCUACUGAAGAACCCUUCUUAACUGCAGAAAUUGUUCCUGUCAGGCUGCCACAGUCGCAGUGCCAAUUUGAAUGUAAUACCUGCCAGUUUUCUUGCGUGGACCACACUGGACUGAUCCAGGAUGAAGGUGCUAGCUGGCAGCCAGAUCAAUGCCACAAAUGUGUAUGCACUGAUGGCAGAACAGUGUGCCAAACACUUCUUAUUGCGUGUCCUUCGAAGCCAUAUAGCCACUGUAUCGAGAUUGAAGGAUCAUGUUGUCCCACGUGGAACUGCACGGUCACGCGUGGGUGUGUGGACGACACUGGAGAGCAUCAUAAGCUCUACAGUACCUGGCAAACUAGUCCCUGCAUCACGCAUAUUUGUACCUUAAGCGGAAUCUUGAAGAGAACGAGAAUUUGUGGACCGCCGCCUCAUCCAAAUUGUCGCGAAGUUUUACAGCCUGGCGAGUGUUGUCCACGAUGGGAAUGUGGGCAAGACUGCAAACUGGUGUUUUGCCCUCCACCACCAUCCAGCGACUGUCAGCCUGUUAAGGCGCCCAUGGAAUGUUGCCCUAAAUGGAAUUGUGGUGGUUGCACCGACAAUGACGGUUAUCAUGAGCUGCACAGCACGUGGGAAAGUGACGAGUGUACUAGGAGAGUAUGCACGCAGGUUGGUAUACUGAACAUCACUAAAGAAUGUGUACCGCAGCCUCGUCCAAACUGCCGGGAAGUUGAUAUUGGCGAGUGCUGUCCGAAAUGGGAGUGUGGAGAAGAUUGCACCUCCGUGACCUGUCCAGUAAUCCCUCCAGGAGAUGACUGCCAUCUUGUUGUUGAUCCUCUAGCUUGUUGCCCUAAAUGGAAUUGCACUGGCUGCUUCGUUGAUGGCAUUUAUCAUGCACAAGGCAGUGUGUGGAAGACUGAAGACCCAUGCUUAACAUCCACUUGUACACACACUGGUGUCAAGACAGUGCAUGUACACUGCCCUCGGCUGCCCCAGCCACCUCAUCCCAGCUGCACAUCAUUUGUACACAGUGGAGAUUGUUGUCCAAAGUGGAACUGCAGUACAUGUAUUACUGAGGAUGGCGUACAUCACGAGCUGAACAGCGUGUGGCAUACCAGCCCCUGCGUCUCGCACAAGUGUACCAGAGCUGGCAUACUCUCCAUUACACAGAAAUGCCUUGACCCGCCUCAUUCUAACUGUGAAAAGUUUUCUGAAGGAAAAUGUUGUCCAUCUUGGAGAUGUGGACCUGACUGCAGUAAAGUGCAGUGUGCAAGUCGACCCAGCAAGUGGUGUACACCGUACAGACCACCACUGGCAUGCUGUGACGAGUGGAAUUGCAGAGGUUGUGAAGAUGAGCUGGGAAACCGGUAUGAUGUAGGGGAAGAGUGGACAAAUGACCCAUGCAGCACCUCACGAUGUACAGAGUCUGGAAUUAAGAUUAGUAGGAACUACUGCCCCAUAACGCAGAGACCCCAUCACAGCUGCAAUACACACACCCCGGAGGGCGAGUGUUGUCCUAGAUGGAACUGCAGCGCCUGUCUUGACGAUACUGGAGAGUACCAUGACCUAAACAGUAUGUGGCAAACGAGUAACUGCGUCACCCACAAGUGUACCCGGGCUGGCAUAUACACUGAAGUCGAAAAAUGCCUUGAUCCACCUCACGGCAACUGUGAAGAUGCUUCUGAUGAAGGAAGUUGUUGCCCAUCUUGGCGAUGUGGGCCUGACUGCAGUCUUGUAAAGUGCCCAAGUGCGCCCAACAAGUGGUGUGACCCAUACAGACCACCUUUGGCAUGCUGUGACGAGUGGAAGUGCAGAGGUUGUUUUGAUGAAGAUGGUAACCAGCAUGAAGUAGGGACAAAGUGGUCAGACGACCCUUGUAGCACCUCUGAGUGUACAGAGGCUGGUAUUCAGGUUGCACGGAAAUACUGCCUCCCAGUGCAAAAACCCCAUCACAGCUGCGUUACUUAUACCCCGGAGGGAGAGUGCUGCUCCAGGUGGAACUGCAGUGCAUGUCUCGACGAUGCUGGAGAGUACCAUGACCUGAACAGUGUGUGGAAAGUGUCUCCUUGCAUCACUCAUACGUGUACCUGGGCUGGUAUACGUACGCAGGUUGAGAAAUGCAUUGAUAAACCUCAUAGCAACUGUGAAAACGUUUCUGUUGAAGGAAGCUGUUGUCCAUCUUGGCAGUGUGGGCCUGAUUGUAGGUUUGUAAAGUGUGCCGGUCCACCCAACGAGUGGUGUACACCAGUUACACGACCACUAGCAUGUUGUGACGAGUGGAACUGCAGAGGAUGUGUUGAUGAACUUGGCAACCAUCGUGAGGUGGGCAGCAAGUGGUCAAGCGACUCUUGCAACACUUCAGAAUGUACUCCUUCUGGCGUUAAAGUUACUCUCAAAUACUGCCCUACAUUACCGAAGCCCCAUCACAGCUGCCGUAGUUAUGUCCCUGAGGGAGAGUGUUGUCCCAGAUGGGAAUGCAGUGCAUGUCUUGACGAUAAUGGAGAGUACCAUGACUUGUACAGCGUAUGGCAAGAAACUCCUUGCAUCAGGCACCAGUGUACCCGGGCUGGCAUACACACCAGGGUGGAGAAAUGUUCUGAUCAGCCUCACAGCAACUGUGAAGUAGUUCCAAAUGAAGGACAGUGUUGUCAGUCUUGGCGAUGUGGAGCCGACUGCAGUAAUGUACAAUGUGCAGGCGCGCCCAGCAGCGACUGUACAUCCCACAGACCACCGUUGGCAUGCUGUGACGAGUGGACGUGCAGUGGAUGUGUUGAUCUGGAAGAGUACCACGAGCUGGGCAGCCAGUGGAAGAGUGACCCCUGCAGCACUUCACUGUGUACAGACAUUGGCAUAAAGGUUACGAGGCAGUACUGCAGUAAAUUACCAAGACCCCAUCACAGCUGCGUUACUUAUACCCCGGAGGGAGAGUGCUGUCCUAAAUGGAACUGCAGUGCUUGUCUCGACAAUGCUGGAGUGUACCACGACAUGGAUAGCGAAUGGCAGACUAGUGACUGCGUCACCCAUAAGUGUACCCUGGCUGGUAUUCAUACAAAAAUUGAGGAAUGCCUUGAGCCACCUCACAGCAACUGCCAAGAAGUUCCUGGUGAAGGAAGAUGCUGCCCAUCUUGGCAGUGUGGACCUGACUGCAGUCUUGUUAAAUGUCCCGAGCCACCCAACAUGUUUUGCAGACCACAUAAACUACCACUGGCAUGCUGUGACGAAUGGGAGUGCAGAGGAUGUGUUGACGAGCUCAACAACCAUCAUAAUAUAGGUAGCGAGUGGUCAAACAAACCUUGCAGCACUUCUGUAUGUACGGAAACUGGUAUUAAUGUUACGCGGAAAUACUGUUCUGCCCUGAAAAGACCUCAUCCCAGUUGCAGAAGUUACACACCAGAGGGCGAGUGUUGUCCUAAAUGGAAUUGCAGUGCAUGUCUUGGCGACGAUGGGAAGUACCAUAGACUGAACAGUGUAUGGAAGGAAAGUGCUUGCGUCUCGUUGAAGUGUACACGGGCUGGAAUACGGAAAAUCGUUCAGAAAUGCCCUGAUGCACCUCAUAGUAACUGCGAGGAGAUUCCUGCCGGGAACAAGUGUUGUCCUACUUGGAAGUGUGGUCCUGACUGUCGUCUAGUAAAGUGCAGAGGACCCCCUAGCGAAGACUGCUCACCCUAUAGACCGCCACUGGCAUGCUGUUACGAGUGGAACUGCAGUGGCUGUAUCGACGAAGAAGGAAAGCACCAUGAGAUUGGAAGAGAGUGGGCAACUGGUCCGUGUAUCACAUCGGUGUGUACUGAAGAUGGUGUGAAAGUUAUGCGGAAAAGCUGUCGGCAGUUACCGAAACCCCAUGAGGAUUGCAGUCUUUACACACCAGUGAGAACAUGUUGCCCCAAAUGGAACUGCAGUGGCUGUGUGGACCUGGAUGGUACCUACCAUGUCUUGGGCAGCCGCUGGAGCACUGAUGAUCCGUGCACUACCCUUGUGUGCACAUCUGAAGGUAUACGAAGGACGGUAAAGCAGUGUGAAAAAUCUCUUCCUCCUUACCCAAUCUGUUCAAUGUACAUUCCAGUAGGCGAAUGCUGUCCAUCCUGGAACUGCAGUGGAUGCAUAGACGUAGCUGGAAGAUUCCAUAAACUGUUAAGUAAAUGGGAUGACAAAUGCUCCAUCCACACGUGUACCACACAUGGAAUAAAAAGUAACAAAAGGGAAUGCGAGAAAGCUGCUCAUCACGCCCCGGCUGCUACUCUUAUACUCCGCCUGGUGGAUGCUGCCCUAAAUGGAACUGCAGUGGUUGUACUGAUGAUAAAGGUAAACACCGUAGUCUUCACGAGACUUGGAGCCUGGAUCCCUGCACUUCUAUGACUUGUACCAAUGAAGGUAUCAAGAAGACGGUUAUAAAGUGUUCUCUGCGUCGUCGUCCUUUCAAAUUUUGCGUUAAACGCACUCAACCAGGAAAGUGUUGUCCGGAAUGGCAUUGCGGGAUAUUUGGCAAACAUUAAACGUCGUCCUGACUGAACACUGGAUUUCAGAAAAUUCUUUCGUUAAUAUUUAAAUAAAAU